CAUUGUCCGUAAAAGUUAGUUAUGGACAAACCGGGAGUGAACAAAAACAGACCAGAAUUUUAUUAUUGUUUUUGCUCGAUUUAGAGAGGAAGCAUCUGACCAGAUUUGUGAUGCAGCAAAUUAGGAAUAAUACUUUUACCCCAAUAAAUCAAUCAAAUUGUCUAAAUAAUUAUUCAUUCCUAAAUUGUCCUAAACCUUGUUUUUCCAUACCCUAAACCCAUAAACUAAUUAAUUAUUUAAGGAGCAAUCCAAAACCUUCAUUCAUCAACCCCAUUAGAGUUCUAUGUGAGCAUUUUGCAUCUGAUUUUAUAUCAAAGUUUUGAUUUUUAAUAAUGGCUACCCCUGAAAAUAAGGGUGUUGCUAUUUCUGGGAAUGAGAAAAUUGGGGUUGAUCCAAUACCCAAUACCCAUGUUUCAUUUGGGCAAUUGUUGGAUUUGGGUGUUAUUAAUCAAUUUGGGCAAUUAUUGGGUGAUUAUAGCAGAUUGGAUGAAGACCUCUGGCUCUGUGAUCAUGAGGAUGAUGAAUCAAUGAAUGCUUUGGAUAAUGGCUAUGAAGGGCUUAAAUGUCAAAUUAUACCAUCUGAUGAAACCAUUGUUGAUGUGAAGCAGCCAUUAGAAUAUGUUGACAAAGCUGUCUGUGAAGGAGGCAUGGCAUAUGUGAAAGAAACUUCUACCUCCUUGAACAAUUCCUCUCAGAAAAAUUCUCAGACGUCCAGUCCAAUUUCAGUUUUCCAAACAGAGAGGCCAUACACUGAUGUCAUGUCAGCAAUGCGUGCCCAAAGCCAAUGCCCCACUAAGAACAACAUUCCAGGAGGCCUUCAGUUUUUUGGCAGCACUAUUUAUACCAGACAACAGAAUUCAACGUGCCAAUCUGAGUCAGAGUACUCAAUGGAGUCUUCUCUAUCAGAUGAAACCGAAGAGUAUAUUCCAUCCAAGCAGAUGCGGACUAGGAAAAUUAGUGAUAUACUUGAUUCAGAUUCUGACCCAGCAUUGAAGAAAUGCAUGCACUGCAAAACAACGGACACCCCGCAAUGGAGGACAGGGCCGAGGGGACGAAAAACUCUAUGCAAUGCAUGUGGAGUUCAGUAUAAACAUGGUAGGCUUUUUCCUGAUUACCGCCCUUUAAAGAGUCCAGGAUUUGAUCCUUCUAUACAUUUUCAUCUGCCCAAGAAAGUCCAGGAAAUGAGAAUGGGUAGCUCAAGUGAACAAGGUCCAAACCCUACUCCUAAAUCUAAAAAAAUUGAAGAGAGGAGGGUGGUUUACACAAUUGAGAAGGGUCAAAACCUGACUCCCAAACCAAAGGAAGUUGAGGAGAUAAGAAUAAGUCACACCAGUGGGAGGGAUCAAAUUACUACUCCUAAAACCAAAUCUCAACGCCCUUCGCUUGAAUCUGAUUCUGACGAGGAGUGGGUCUUGGGUAACAAUAAGAGGGACAAGAACCGUGCUCAUAGAGCCAAGAAAUUUGAGAAAUUGAAAGAGAAGGUUAGCAAUGAGAUUCAGUCAGAUUCUAGAGAAAGGAACCAAAACUCUGACUCUUAUCUGAGUCUGAAACGUAAACUACCGAAACAUGCGGGCAAGAAGUGCCUACACUGUGAAUCAAAGGAUACCCCACAAUGGAGGGAGGGGCCUAUGGGACGACAUACACUUUGCAAUGCAUGUGGUGUGCAAUACAGAGCUGGUAGGUUAUUUCCUGAGUACCGUCCUUUGAAAAGUCCUACCUAUGAUCCGUCUUUGCAUUCCCAUUUGCCCAAGCAGGUCCUGAAGAUGAGAUUGAGCAAUGCUGAGAAAUGUGCAACUUCUGGUAAUCAUGAAGCCAGCAUGAGCUAAAUCCAGGAAGCAAUUUAAGCAAUUUUCUCUGUCUUCAUACCAAACACUGGAUAUUUAGGUUACAGAUUCCCUCUGCUAGUUCCCCGCAUGCCACAGCUUGCUCUCAGUGUCCCUUCUUCCCCGUGUUCCUCAAUUUUAUGCACACAUCACUGAGAGAUAGGAAUGGCUGUUGCUAAAAGUAGGUCAAGUUUGUGGGUUGAGCUAGCUAAUCAAUGGGGAAUAAAAAUAGGAGUACAGAGUGUAUGUAUAUUAUGAACCACAUAAUUAUAUAUUUGGGUAUGCAUAGUUAGUAUCUCUGGUAAUCUGUCUCCUAAUUAUGUCAUCCUCUUUAUAGAAGAACUAUGAAGCAGUUUGUAUUGUAUUUUGGUAUGAAGCAAUUAAUCUGACAUCGACAUUUUCUGAAA